GCUUGUAGGGAAUGAGCGCUGGAGACAGGGGCGGGACGAUGCUGGUCUUCUGAGCGCUGAUUGGCUGAUGGCGCUCGUCGCCCGUGCCAUUUGUUGUCGGAGCUGAGCUCCUGACGCAGUCUGCGUCGCCCUGCACGUGCAGCCGUUGAAGCGGCGUUGGCGCCAUUGAGAACCGCCGGAGAACAAGCCGCGGAGAGAACUGGAAGCCACAAUGGGAGAUGCAGACCGGGAAGCAGAAAUGAUCAAAUCUUCUAUGUAUUCUCAUGUUCCUGUAUUUGAGAAGGACACAUAUUCUUCUGGAGCAAAUGGAGACACUUCUAACAGGACUCCAGCUUCAUCACCAGGUCACGGUGGCACUUACCAAAGCAGAGGUAGCGGAGGAAGUCGACGAGGACCAAAAGUAACCUAUAUACCACCUCCUCCACCUGAGGAUGAGGACUCCAUCUUUGCACAUUAUCAACCAGGGAGAAACUUUGGCAAAUACGAUUGUAUUCUUGUAGACGUAUCCGGACCCAAUGCACCACCACCGAUUCUGACUUUUAAAGAAGCUAAUCUCUGUCAGACACUGAAUGACAACAUUGCCAAAGCUGGUUAUACUAAGCUUACUCCUGUGCAGAAAUACAGUAUUCCUAUUAUCCUAGCAGGACGAGAUUUGAUAGCUUGUGCGCAAACAGGGUCUGGAAAGACUGCGGCGUUUCUCUUGCCAAUUUUGGCUCAUAUGAUGAGUGCUGGAAUAACUGCCGGUCGUUCUAAAGAGCUGCAGGAACCCGAGUGUAUUAUUGUAGCACCAACUCGAGAAUUAAUCAGGCAGAUCUAUUUGGAAGCCAGAAAAUUUUCUUUUGGGACUCGUGUAAGAGCUGUUGGUAUAUAUGGGGGAACCCAGUUUGGGCAUUCAGUCCGUCAGAUAGUGCAAGGCUGUAAUAUAUUGUGUGCUACUCCUGGAAGACUGAUGGAUAUCAUAGGCAAAGAAAAGAUUGGUCUCGGACAAGUCAGAUACUUAGUUUUGGAUGAAGCUGAUCGCAUGCUGGAUAUGGGCUUUGGACCAGAAAUGAUAAAGUUAAUUUCCUGCCCAGGAAUGCCACCAAAGGAGCAGCGUCAAACCGUUAUGUUUAGUGCAACAUUUCCAGGAGAAAUUUGGAGGUUGGCUUGUAAGUUUUUGAAGCGGAAUUACUUGUUUGUUGUGGUUGGACAAGUGGGGAUAGCAUGUAGAGAUGUUCAGCAGAUCAUUCUCCCAGUUGGCCGGUACUCAAAAAGAGAGAAACUUGUUGGAAUUCUACUAACCACAGGUGAUGAAAGAACCAUGGUUUUUGUUGAAACUAAGAAAAGAGCAGACUUUAUUGCCAGUUUUCUUUGUCAAGAGAAAAUAUCAACAACAAGUAUUCAUGGUGACCGGCAGCAGCGAGAGAGAGAGCAGAGUCUAGGGGAUUUUCGCUGUGGAAGGUGCCCGGUUCUUGUUGCUACCUCAGUAGCAGGCAGAGGGCUGGAUAUUGAAAAUGUUCAACAUGUUAUCAAUUUUGAUCUUCCUUCUACCAUUGAGGAGUAUGUCCAUCGAAUUGGACGUACUGGUCGUUGUGGAAAUACUGGCAGAGCUAUUUCCUUUUUUGAUCCUGAAUCAGAUAACCAUUUGGCACAGCCUCUGGUGAAAGUAUUGUCAGAUGCUCAACAGGAUGUUCCUGCAUGGUUGGAAGAAAUUGCCUGUAGUACACGUUCGGGCCCCAGUGGUAGUACAAGAGGAAAUGUGUUUGCAUCAGUUGAUACUAGAAAGGAUUACCAGGGCAAGAGCACUUUCAACACAACAGGGUUUUCUUCGUUACAAGCUCCCAAUCCAGUAGGUGGUGAGUCAUGGGAUUAAAGCUGAAACAGCCUUCAAGUUUGUGGCACAGUUUUGAUGCGGAGAAGACAAUAGUUUUGAUUUUUGAGCUUUUAACAGAACUGUGAAAUCUGACACUUGUAUCUCUUCUCUUCUGUUCUUACUCCCACCCUUAAAGAAAUAUAUAUCCUGACUAGUUAUGUGAAAUGCUGAAAGUUACAGCGUUGCAGUUACUGAUAUAAAUGGUGUUACCUGGAAAGAUUAAAGCAUUAUAGAUGUCUUGCUUAUUUUUAGAGUAUUCUUCAGAGGUUUUAGACAUGUUUCAUGUCUAAAUGCUAAGUCUUAGUAUAGUGUUUACGGAUCCUAUUACAAGCAAUAGCAUAUAUACAUUUUUGGUUAAAAAUUGUUAGGUCUCAUUUUUACUCAAAAGGAAACCUUAAAGCUAGAUAGAGUGUUUCACUAAAAUAUGGUAACGUGAUUGUCAUGAAGCAGUGAAAGACAUAAGCCUGUUAAGACAAUUUUGAUUCUAGAUCAUCCGAUAUGAUAAAAAUGGUGAAAUGUUUGCUAUGUGAGCUCUGUACUCAAUGAUAUAACAAAUGCUUGUUUUCAUAAUAUGUAGACUUUCCUUGAAAAUAAAGGAUGAAACACUCUUCCCCUUAAGUUUUCCAGUA